CAACCUUGCGACAAGGAACAACCAGCUUGCUUUAACCCUGAAGCUAACGACAAGACAGAGUACGCAGUUAAACGCAUUAAGGAUUACCGCGUAAACCGCCGCAUGGUUAACCUAUCUAUAUACAAGAAAGGGCUGCUACAGUACCUGGUGCGAUGGGCUAACUACCUGGAGGGCAACGACAACCCAUUAUGGGAACCCUACGUUAACAUAAUUAAGUUAUUAGAUAUGGUCCAUGAUUAUUACUAA